CGGAAGUGUUGUCACAUCUGCCUGGUAGUAGUGGCGCACGAUGAAUUUGUGUCAAGCUCAAAGUGAGCUACGGCAGCUUCUGAGCAGGGUUGAGCCUUCUCAGCUGCCGAAGCUGCUCGACUGGAUCCGCAGCUCGGAGGACCUGGACGAGCUGCUGGUGGACAAUAGCAAAGUCAUCCUGAGGUCCAUCGCGGAUGAAAUCAGGGAGAGCCUCCCUCUGGACGCCAUGCUGCCGUGUGAGGCCAUCGCCCAGCAGAAGAUGCAGCGGCUUUCGCGUCCGACCGCCCACGUGGACGCCUUCCUGUACGAGGACGAGCACGUGGACGCCCUUUGCGAGGUGGGACGGAUGAGUCGCUGCUACUGUCUCAAGUGCGGAUCCUGCAGCACGGCGCCUCUGGACUUUGUGUCGCACUCGUUCUCCAUGUGCGAGCUGCUCUUCCUGUUCCAAAACGUUCUGCCGGAUCUGAGCGGCCGCACGCUGGUGGACGUCGGAUCGCGACUGGGGGCCGUGCUCUACGGGGGGUACGUGUACAGCUCAGCGUCCCGGCUGGUUGGCGUGGAGCUCAGCGAGGAGUUUGUUCACCUGCAGAACAAAAUGGUGCACAAGUACGGGAUGAACGUGAGAGUGGAGGUUGUCCACGCUGACGUGUGCACGCAGGACGCUCUGCUGCAGAACGCCGACGUUCUGGUCAUGAACAACGUCUUUGAGUAUUUCAUGGAGCCCGACGAGCAAGUCAGGGCCUGGAGGUUUAUCACGCAGACGUUCACGAAACGAGGUUCCCUGCUGGUGACGGUUCCCGGUCUGCACGACUCUCUCCAGCCUCUGCAGGAGGCGCUGCCGGCCGGCUGGGUGGAGGAGCUUCCUGUGGACUACAACGUUUACGUGGGUAAAGAUGCGGACCCCGAGGAUCUACGACAGAUCCACCUGUACAGGGUCUUGUGACUUAAACUGUUUCUGGACAAUUACUGUAUGCGUAGUGUGCACGUGAAGUCAAUCUCCCAAAAUAAUAAAAUGUUCAUGU